CCGCUACGCGCAUGCGUCCCUUCCUUUUCCCAUGGUAGGAAAAAAAAGACACCGCCUCCUUUCGCUUUGCUCAUCUUUUGGCCCCUGCGACUCGCCAUCGCCCGUGGGGAGGCGUUCACUGGUUGAAGUGAUGGCGACUGGGACCCCAGAUUCGCAAGCGCGAUUCGGUCAGUCUGUGAAGGGGCUUCUCACGGAGAAGGUGAACACCUGUGGUACUGACGUGAUCGCGCUCACCAAGCAGGUGCUGAAGGGCUCCCGGAGCUCCGAGCUGCUAGGUCAGGCCGCUCGAAACAUGGUACUACAGGAAGAUGCCAUCUUACACUCAGAAGAUAGUUUAAGAAAAAUGGCAAUAAUAACGACACAUCUUCAAUACCAGCAAGAAGCUAUUCAGAAGAAUGUUGAGCAGUCAUCAAAUCUACAGGACCAGUUAAAUCAUCUGUUGAAGUAGAACGUGUUAUGAGAGGGCAAAAGCACUUUGCCUAACACUGAGGAGGAAAUAUCUUACAUAACCACUGUGCUAUGGGUUUGAUUUUCCAUUUUCUUCUUCAAAAGUUAAGUUAGAAUAAGAUCUGUGAUGAUGAACAGUUUCUCCUGAAAGGAAGUUAAGUGAUUGAAUUUUGAAAGCACUUCUUGAAUCAAACCAACCCAUGCUCUUAUUGAAUUUUUAAGUUGCUCUGUUAAUUUGAUAUUAAAGCAAAAUUAAAAGAUGUCUUAGUUUUUCUCAUAGAACUUUAAUAUGUCAAAAGCCAUAUUGUCUAAAUGUGUUUCUUAAGCAAAUACUGAGUAGUGUUUUAAAUUCAGACUUAGAGCUUCUAUUGUGAAUGUAUAAGAAUGAUUAAUAUUGUUUUUAAAGACUAUUUUUUCUUUUAAUCAUACAUUCAGGAAAUAUUUUAAUUUCAUGGUCACAGAAUGGUGAUUAGGUAAUACCUGUUGUUUUCUUUUCUUUUCUAGUACCUAAGAGGAGAUAGUUAUUUUAUUUGUUGUAGCAAAUUCCUACAUGAAAAUUAGGCAAAUGGUAUCAUAUCUGGCCAGCUGCAACCUCCUGCCUUGACCUUCAUUCCUAGGGUUUCUUUGUUGUUGUGACUCUUGAUUAAGUGGCCUUGGGUUCAUUUUGUAAUUUUGCUAGUCAUCAGCAAAUUCACUUGUAUGACAUUAUUGCCAAGUGAGAAUGCAGUUGAGUUACUGUGAUUCCGGUAUAGGGUUGUGCCAUGUAGAAAACCUUAUGUUUAUAGACAUUUACCUAUGUUCAUUGAAUUUAUCUCAUUAAAUGUCAUUACUGUUGUCUGUUG